UAUCUUAUAAUAUUUGAUGAAUUGUUCGACCCCUUUUAUACUAUAAUCCUGGCUCCGCUCCUGGCUGCCGUAGAUGACUAGUCAAUUUGUUAUUGAAUUGGCUAGUUUUUUUUUAACGAAGACAAUCGGAGCCGAGUGGGCUAAUGAAUUUCAUUUCUUUAAAAUCUAAAUGGAUUCGACGUUCGAUCCUGGUAAAUGCAUGUAGGUCCCCACCACUUUGACAAUGCAGGCGCACACCUAUAUAUUUAGAGCAGCUCGCAUACCAUCUUGGAGCGCAGCGGACCCUCUCCGUCUCCGCACACCCAGUCAAUCACCCAGUCAGUCUCAGUCAAUACUCGACGCCGGCUGACAUGGUAAAGCACCGAGACCCAGUGAACCUGCUGGUGCUGUCCGCCUCCAUGUGCCUGCUUUGGACUCUCGCGGCGGCCACACAGGCCAACGACGAGGCCGCACUUGACGCCAUCAAGGUCGCGGCGGUCCAUGGCGGGCCUGGCGGCUAUGGAGACGUACUUGCCUCGUGGAACGGUAGCGCAGGCGGCGGCGGCGGGUACUGCAGCUGGGAAGGGGUGAGGUGCCGAGGCAGCGGCAGGCGGCGUCGAGUGGUGGCGCUGUUCCUACCCUCUCGCGGGCUCACCGGCGUCCUCUCCCCGGCGGUUGGUAACCUUUCGUCCCUGAGGCUUCUCAACCUGAGCUCCAACGCCCUCAGCGGCGCCAUCCCCGCGAGCCUCGGCCGCCUGCGCCACCUCCGUGCGCUUGACCUAAGCUACAACGCCUUCUCCGGUAAGCUCUCCGCCGCCAACCUAAGCUCAUGCACCAGCCUGGUGGACUUGCGCCUCCAGUCCAACCACCUCCGCGGAGGCCUGCCCUCUGAGCUCGGCAACAAGCUCGCACGCCUCGAGGAGCUCAUACUGUUUCGAAACAACCUCACUGGCACCGUACCGGAGUCCAUAGGCAACCUGUCGUCGCUUCGUGUCAUGUCCCUCGCAUUCAACCAGCUACAGGGCGCCAUCCCUCGUAGCCUCGGCAGCAUCGUAGGCCUCACGAGACUUGACCUCGCCUUCAACUACCUCUCCGGCGAGCCCCCACGCUCUCUGUACAACCUGUCGUCGCUGGAAAGACUGCAGAUCCAAGCGAACAAGCUCAAUGGUACCAUCCCCGCCGAGAUCGGCAGCAGAUUUCCCAGCAUGUCGAUCCUUAGCCUCUCUUGGAACCAGUUCACGGGAUCCAUCCCCGCUUCGCUCACUAACCUCACGACGCUCCAGCGGGUCGAGCUCUCUGUAAACAUGCUCCACGGGCGCGUGCCUCCGGCGCUGGGGAGACUCAGAGGUCUGCAGCUCCUGUACUUGUUCCAAAACGAGCUGGAAGCAGACGACAGAAACGGGUGGGAAUUCAUGGCUUCCCUGUCAAACUGUACCCAGCUCCAGGAUCUAAACAUCGCCGACAACAGCUUCACAGGGCGGCUGCCAGGUUCGGUAGGCAACCUCUCGACGACGGCCCUGCAGAUCCUCCGUUUAGAAUACAACGACGGGAUAUCCGGAAGCAUCCCCUCAGCCAUCGGCAACCUGGCCAGCCUUGAACUCCUCGGUCUGGGGUUCACGUCCGUCUCCGGCGUGCUUCCGGACAGCAUGGGCAAGCUAGGAAACUUGGCUCGGUUAGGUCUGUACAACACUCAGGUGUCAGGCCUCAUACCGACAUCCAUCGGAAACCUCUCGAGGUUGAUUGAGCUGUACGCGCAGCAUGCCAACCUGGAGGGCGCAAUUCCAACGAGCUUCGGACAGCUGAAGAACCUAAUAUCCCUUGAUCUAGCUAAUAACCGUCUCAACAGUUCGAUCCCCGCAGAGGUUUUCGAACUGCCACUCCUCUCCAAGUACUUGGACUUGUCGUCUAACUCGCUGUCAGGCCCUCUUCCUCCUCAAGUCGGUAGCUUGGUGAACCUUAACAGCAUGGAUCUAUCUGGAAACCAGCUAUCCGGCGAGCUACCUGACAGCAUCGGGGAGUGCAUCAUGCUGCAGGGGCUUUGGUUGGAGGAUAACUCAUUGGAGGGGGAGAUACCCCAGUCUCUCAAGAAUAUGACGGAUCUACUCGCACUCAACCUGUCCAUGAACAAGCUAUCCGGCACUAUUCCAGAAGGCAUCGGUGCCAUUCGCAACCUUCAGCAACUGGAUCUAGCACACAACAACUUGUCAGGGCCGAUCCCAACGUCGUUGCAGAACUUGACAUCACUGUCAGAGUUAGAUCUGUCCUUCAACAGUCUACAAGGCCAAGUGCCAGAGGGAGGAAUAUUCAGGAUUUCCCGAAACUUUUCAGUCGCCGGGAACAGUGGGCUUUGUGGCGGCAUACCUCAGCUUCGUUUACAGCCAUGCCGCAAGAACUCUCUGAAGAAAGGAAGCAAGAAGAGGCGGGUCAAGUCUCUUACGAUAGCUCUAGCAACAACAUCAGCGUUCCUGUUUCUGGCCUUUAUGGCACUUGUCUUUGGGUUGAUCUACUGGAAGCGCAGACGACAAAGGGUCAAGCAGAGCUCGUUCCGGCCACCAAUGAUCGAGGAACAGUACGAAAAGGUUUCUUACCAUGCAUUAGAAAACGGAACCGGCGGGUUUUCAGAGACCAACUUGCUCGGUAGAGGAAGCUUUGGGACAGUCUAUAGAUGCUCCUUUCAAGACGAGGAGGGGACUACUCUUGCCGCGGUCAAGGUUUUCGACCUCGAGCAAUCUGGAUCUAGUAGAAGCUUUGUGGCCGAGUGCGAGGCGCUGCGAAGGGUGCGUCACCGUUGCCUCAUGAAGAUCAUCACGUGUUGCUCGAGCAUCGACCGCCAGGGCCGGGAGUUCAAGGCUCUGGUUUUUGAGUUCAUGCCAAAUGGUAGCCUAGGUGACUGGCUUCAUCCAAAACCUAGCACUAGCAGCAUGCCCACAGUGAGUAACACUCUUAGCAUCGUACAGAGGCUCAACGUUGCUGUAGAUGUCAUGGACGGUCUGGAUUACCUUCACAACCACUGUCAGCCACCAAUCGUUCACUGCGAUCUCAAGCCAAGCAACAUCCUUCUCGCACAGGACAUGAGUGCCCGGGUCGGAGACUUUGGCAUAUCAAGGAUCCUUCCAGAGAUUGCAAGAAGUAACACCCUGCAGAAUUCAAGCAGCACAGCUGGAAUAAGAGGCUCCAUCGGCUACGUUGCUCCAGAGUACGGUGAAGGGUCUUGUGUUUCGACUCUUGGAGAUGUUUAUAGCGUGGGCAUACUGUUGCUUGAGAUGUUCACGGGAAGGAGCCCAACUGAUGAGAUGUUCAGAGGAUCAUUGGACUUGCACAGGUUUUCAGAGGAUGCUCUCCCAGAGAGAAUCUGGGAGAUAGCCGAUGCAAAAAUGUGGUUGCACACAAACACCAACCAUGUCGCCACAGCUGAAACUGAGAACUGCUUGGUUUCUGUCGUCGCUCUCGGAGUUUCUUGCUCAAAGAAGCAGCCAAGAGAGAGGACGCCGAUACAGGUCGCAGCCAUCCAAAUGCAUGAUAUCAGAGAUUCCUACUGCAAGUUUGCCAGAUCUCUUGUCACAGAACUCGAGUAGCAGAAACAUCUCUUGCUUAAAAUACGCUUCAGCUGAAUCAUCUUACUGUUAGUUAAUAAAUCUUGUGCUUAGUAGUUCAGUUAGUUGCUACGCAAAUUAUUAUGAAGGAAUCUAAGUGAAAAACAUAAUACAUCACUCCUUUCUGUGGAGAUUGUUCAUUAAGUUAGAUGAGUGACUCAAAAUCAUUGUCACUCCUUUAACAGUCUGCAUAUGUUUACAUUUGAAGCACCGGAAUAGCAAAACAACAAUGUCCAUGCCGGAGUCGAUAAAUCACGGCUUCUUCCGCAUUCUUAAACUUCCACACCGCAAAUGAUGCCUAAACCUACUGCAUCUAGGUAACUGUGUAAGAAGCCUGAGACCGUGUAUACGGCUUUGUUUUGGUACUCUAAUCUAUAUGUACUGAGAGUGAAUACUAGAGUACCCAAAA